UGUAUGGCAAUAAUGGAUACGAGCUAACCGCAUAGCUACCGGUAAUGCGCUGUUAAUUUCCAGAGAAACGCGGCCAAAUUGUCAAAUAUUUUUCCAAGUAUCUCUCCAUAUAUUGGGAUCAACAUUAUAUUCCUGUUUGGUGACUCUCGAGUCUAACGGUUUUGUAGACAGCUAUGGGUGGGCUGGGAAAUGGGCGCCGUGGAGGAAGGUCACCCCCUCUAAUGAUUGGCGCUCUAAUUGCCUGUAUACUCGUUCUGGGCUUUAACUACUGGGUGUCAAGUUCCCGCAACCUGGAGCUACAGACUAAGCUGUAUGAGUUGGAGGGCCAGGUGCGACGUGGGGCAGCAGAACGAGGAGCACAGGAGAUGAAGAAAAAUGAGUUCCAGGAGGAGAUCCAGAGACAAAAGGAGCAGAUCAGCCACAUAGAAAGCCUCUUUAAGAAACAGCUGGAAGGAUCCCAGAACACCUGCAGCCAAGAGAAGGGCAUACUGCAGCAGAACAUUUCCUCCAGUACCAAAACCAUACAGGAACUGAAAGGUCAGUUAAAUCAGCUGAAUGACGACCUGGGGGAGCUUCAGAAAGAGCUGCAGAGUUGCCAAGGCAACAUCAAAACCCUCAACAACAAACUCACAUAUGACAUGACCCACUGUCACUCCCAGGUGCUGUCUCAGAAGGAGUUGUGUGAUGAGAGAGUGGCCGCUGCUAAACUUGAAGUUCAGAAGAAGAUGGAGAAGCUCAUCCCUCCUCUGGGUGCUUCAACGCAGCAGACAAAUGCAGUGGAUAUAGCAGUGAAAGAGGACGGACCAGUGAUGACCGGGGUUGAUGCAGUUAAGACAGCUACUGUUGUAAGCCACACAUCAAGCCUCUCUCAGCCCAAAGGGAAUGAUCCGCCUGAGCUACUGACCAAUGAGAUCAUUGUGGACAAAGGUCCCGAUGCCCUAGUAAAUCUGUCUCCAGAGAAGAAUCUCUCUGAAGUCCGAGAGUCCCAGUUGGUUCCCUCAGCUGCUGCAGUCAAGCAGGAUAUUUUGCUCCCACCAGAGGGAGCUGUCGAAGCAGAGAAGGGUGAGGCAGGGACCAGUAAACCUGUGAAGAAUAACCUGACUGAGGAUAACGAUUUGGAAGUGAUGGAUGCUCAUGAGGAGGGCGCUCAGACAGAAGACGCAGACCCUGGGAUGGAAGGCAUGCUGAUUGGCCGGGCGAAGGCAGAUGAGACUCCCAUUGGUCAGAAACUUGAGGAGCCAGAAGAAUAUGAUGCAGAUGAGCAAGUAGUGGCUGGAGUUGAAUUGGAGAAACAACAGCAGAGUAAACUGGCUGAAAAUAUAGACAAGGACAUGGAGGAGGAGCUGGCUGACUAUAACGGAGAUGAUGAGAACGAAGGCGAGUUUGAAGCAGACAAACAAGCUGAGCUUGCUCGAAUCUAAGAGCUGAUUUUGGAAAAGGAGACUGCACACCAAACAAGGAAGCAGGACCCCUGAUUCAUCUCAGCACAACAGCACCAUACAGGUUAAUGCAGCCCUCCUAACACAGUGAACACAAAACAAACCCAGAUCUCUAUAAGAAAGACUUGUGACAUCAGGUUGAGGGGUUAGUUUCAUAACCAUUUGCUUCCUGUAGUCUCUUUUAUUUGUCAUUUUAAUUGGAUUCUGUACAUUUAAUUUGAUUACAUGUUUCCAGACAUUUUAUCGGUUGAGAUCAACACAUUUUGAAUUUUGGAAAUGAAUGAAAAUAUGCAAUAGUCAGCCGAGCAGGUGCACUUGUGUUUUCCGUUCUAUCAUUUUACACAUAAAGCCAUGUGGUAACUGUACUUACAUUCAUUUCAGUAUGGUGAUAUAUUCAGAAGCACUUUCGCCUGCUUAGUUGUUGGUGUUGUGUGCACUCAUAGAAUAGCAAAAACAACUUAAGACAUCUCAAGACUUGACACCAGCUGACUUGUAAAAACUGAGCAUCUCAGCAUCCCUGAAAAUCAGUGGAUUUGAUUAUGUGAUUAGAUGUUUUUAUUAUGUUCACUCUGUAAUUACUUUAACUAAACAAGAUAAAUGAUGAUAAUGUGCAGACCCUUAUAGGGUUACUGAAUGAGGUGUGAAAUGUUGUAGUAAGUAUAAAUGAUCUAAGUGAUCCCAAUGACAGAGCAUUGCAGCACAGGCUCAACAGCAUCUUAAACAAGGCCUUUAGUUUUUCCCCUGCAUAGUCUCUCAGAGAGAGGACUCUGACUCUGGGUCAAUGGCCAGGAAUUUUUGCUCGACUCAGUGUCUGUCAGUGAAUGCACAUUAGGCUUUCCAUAAUUGCAGCAAAUGAAGGAAAAGUGCUGAGUCUUGUACGACAGCUCUUAGGCUGCAACUAAUGAUAUUUUCAAUGUUGAUUAUUUUUUUGAUUAAUCACUUAGUUGUUUAGUCAA